AGUUCUUUUCUGGAUCAUUCUUAUUUCCACCAUUUCUGCAAUUUUUAACAUGGAGGCGACCACUCAAAUUAGUCAACAAAGCAGCACUUUGGAGAGUUUUUGCACGACUACUACUACUAGUACCACUACCAAGGGUGAUCCUUUGAACUGGGGUGUUGCAGCUGAGUCGCUCAAGGGGAGCCAUUUGGAUGAAGUGAAACGUAUGGUGGCUGAGUAUAGGCGGCCAUCAGUGAAGCUCGGUGGUGAGACCUUGACGAUUUCUCAAGUUGCAGCCAUUGCUACACGUGACUUGGGUGUCAAGGUUGAGCUUUCGGAGGAUGCAAGGGCUGGCGUUAAGGCCAGCGCUGAUUGGGUCCUUGAUGGCAUGAACAAAGGCACUGACAGCUAUGGUGUUACUACUGGUUUUGGUGCUACUUCUCAUCGAAGAACCAACCAAGGAGCUGCCCUUCAGAAAGAACUAAUUAGAUUCUUGAAUGCUGGGAUCUUUGGCCAUGGGACCGAGUCAUGCCACACACUUGCUCACUCAGCAACUCGAGCAGCCAUGCUUGUUAGGAUCAACACACUACUCCAAGGGUACUCUGGGAUCAGGUUCGAAAUUCUGGAGGCAAUCACCAAGCUUCUCAACCACCACGUCACCCCUUGUUUGCCACUUCGUGGCACAAUUACUGCAUCUGGUGAUCUUGUCCCUCUUUCCUACAUUGCUGGAUUGCUAACCGGCAGGCCAAAUUCCAAAGCAGUUGGACCCCAUGGGGAACCCCUUGAUGCCCAAGAAGCCUUUCGUGUCGCCGGUAUUGAUUCCGGUUUCUUUGUGUUGCAACCUAAAGAAGGACUUGCUCUAGUCAAUGGUACUGCAGUUGGUUCAGGCUUGGCUUCCGUGGUUCUCUUUGAGGCAAACACAUUGGCUGUUUUGUCAGAAAUUUUAUCUGCAAUUUUUGCUGAAGUCAUGAACGGUAAACCAGAGUUCACUGACCACUUGACACAUAAAUUGAAACACCAUCCGGGACAAAUCGAGGCCGCUGCUAUAAUGGAACACAUACUUGAGGGAAGCUCUUACGUUAAAGCGGCUAAGAAAUUGCAUGAAAUGGACCCUUUGCAGAAACCGAAACAAGACCGAUAUGCUCUGAGGACAUCUCCACAAUGGCUUGGUCCACAGAUUGAAGUGAUCAGAUUUGCAACCAAAUCAAUUGAAAGAGAGAUUAACUCUGUCAAUGAUAACCCUUUGAUCGAUGUCUCAAGGAACAAGGCAUUACAUGGUGGCAACUUUCAGGGUACCCCAAUCGGUGUCUCGAUGGACAAUGCUCGUUUGGCUAUCGCAGCAAUUGGAAAACUCAUGUUUGCUCAAUUCUCUGAACUUGUUAAUGAUUUCUACAACAAUGGCCUCCCAUCAAACCUCUCUGGUGGUAGGAAUCCAAGUCUAGAUUAUGGCUUCAAGGGUGCUGAAAUCGCAAUGGCUUCCUAUUGUUCCGAACUCCAAUACUUGGCUAAUCCAGUCACCAGCCAUGUUCAAAGCGCCGAGCAACACAACCAAGAUGUGAACUCCUUGGGAUUAAUCUCUUCAAGGAAAACUGCAGAAGCUGUUGAUAUCUUGAAGCUAAUGUCCUCCACAUUCUUGGUGGCACUUUGUCAAGCUAUUGAUUUGAGGCAUUUAGAAGAGAAUUUGAGGAACACAGUGAAGAACACCGUGAGCCAGAUAGCUAAGAAAACACUCACUACCGGUGCCAACGGUGAACUUCACCCUUCAAGAUUCUGUGAAAAGGAUUUACUCAAAGCCGUGGAUCGUGAAUACGUUUUCACCUAUAUCGAUGACCCUUGCAGUGCUACCUAUCCAUUGAUGCAAAAGCUGAGGCAAGUUCUUGUCGAGAAUGCAUUGGCGAACGGUGAGAACGAGAAGAAUACGAGUACUUCAAUCUUCCAAAAGAUUGCAGCUUUCGAAGAUGAAUUAAAGGCUGUUUUGCCAAAGGAGGUUGAGAGUGCAAGGGUGUCACUCGAGAACGGAAAUGCCGCAAUUCCGAACAAGAUUGAGGACUGCAGAUCGUAUCCGUUGUACAAAUUCGUGAGGGAGGAGCUUGGAACUGGGCUGCUAACAGGAGAAAAGGUGAAGUCACCUGGUGAGGAGUUUGACAAGGUGUUCACUGCAAUGUGCAAAGGGAAGAUCAUUGAUCCAAUGCUGGAGUGUCUCAAGGAAUGGAACGGUGCCCCUCUUCCAAUCUGCUAGUUUGCUUUCGUUUCAAGCAAUGGAAUUUGUUACCUAAUAUUUUUCUUUGUUCUUCACCAUCGUUGCUUGAAAGUUUCUUGUAAAAGAAGUAAAGCAUACGAAUGUGUAUGGUUAUUUCAUAUCUAUGUAAUACCAGUGUGUAUAAAAUAUAUUCUUGCUACC